GCUCAGCACUCUGGGAAAUGUAGUCUGGAAAACCCAUUUCUCGCCCAGCUCCUGCUUCCUUGGAGAAGUGUGUGAGAGUCGGUUUGUUUGUUUUGCAACGUUUGGGGACCCUUACCUCGCUCUGUGCCGUUGAGGGAAAAUGAUGGAAGAGAGCGGCGUAGAGACGACUCCCCCCGGGACGCCACCCCCAAACGCAUCCGGGGCUCCUCCGCCCACAAACACUCCGACCUCAAUAGCUUUAGCCAGUCCUCUUGUGCCUCCAAAGAUACCGCCGGCCUCCACUUUUCCGUCCCAGACCUUCGCCUCGCCUUUGCCACCGACGGCGUCCACCUUUCCUUCUGUUGUGGGACCCUCUCCUUCUUUGCCCUUUGUGCCUUCCGCUCCCAUUUCGACGGGGAGCGCGCCCACUGGGACCUCCAUCGCUCCCUCCAUUGCGUCUGCUUUCGUCGCCCCGGCUCCUCCGUUUCCAUCCUCUCCCCCACUGAACCCCACUAAGCCUGGCCCUGUGCUUUCCGCCCCUCCGUCCAGUCCCCCCAUUUCUGGCUUUUCGAUCGGUUCGGCCUACGAUAUCACCAAGGGCCACGCCGGGCGAGCGCCACAGACGCCGCUGAUGCCCUCGUUUUCGGCACCGUCCGUCACGGGGGUCCUUACAAACCCUGUGCCACAGCAGACCUCUAUGCUGCCGUCGUUGGUUCCCAGUCCUGGAGGCGCAUCUUCCAUUACUUUUCCUGAGCCACAUGAGGAUCCCAGGGUUGUGGGUUUACAGGGUGAAGCGACUGCCGGAGGGGGUCUGUGGGGCUUCAUCAAAGGCGUAGCUGGGAACCCGGUGGUCAAGUCGGUGCUCGAUAAAACCAAGCACUCGGUGGAGACCAUGAUCACGACGCUGGACCCUGGCAUGGCUCCGUACAUCAAAUCUGGGGGGGAGCUGGACAUCGUGGUCACCUCCAUCAAAGAAGUGAAGGUUGCCGCUGUGAGAGAUGCGUUCCAAGAGGUUUUUGGCAUGGCCACGGUGACCGGAGAAGCCGGGCAGUCCAACAUCGCCCCACAACCGGUGGGUUACGCCGCUGGUUUGAAAGGAGCCCAGGAAAGGAUCGACAGCUUGCGCCGGUCGGGGGUCAUCCACGAGAAACAGCCGGCCGUGUCUGUGGAGAACUUUAUCGCCGAACUGCUGCCUGACAAGUGGUUUGAUAUCGGUUGCAUAAUAGUGGAGGAUCCCAUCCACGGCAUCCGCCUCGAAACGUUUACCCAAGCGACCCCAGUGCCUCUCGAAUACGUGCAACAGGCCCAGAGCCUCACUCCUCAGGAUUACAACCUCCGAUGGUCGGGUCUCUUGGUGACAGUGGGCGAAGUCAUAGAGAAGAACCUGCCGCACGUCGACCGGACGGAUUGGCACGCGGCAUUCACUGGUGUGUCGCGCCGCCAGAUGAUCCACAGCGCCGCCAAAGCCGUGGCGGGAACGUACAAGCAGCGCUUGCCUCCCAGGACCACUUGAAAAGGGACUGUCUCUUUGCGCCAGAGAAGAAGAAGACUCAUUCCUUAGAGGUUGGGAAAGCGACGACUGCCCAUAAUGUUCACAUGUGGUCUUCCGGCGGAUAUGUCUCCACUUUAUAAUUACGUAUAAUCUUUUAACUUUGUUGGUUGGUUUGGUCACAUAUUUUGAAAGUAACCUUUGGAUAUAAUGAACAUGAUGAACCCAUGCUUAAAUUCGUUUCUGUAAUCAGUAGCUUCCGAAACUAGAGAGCCAUCCGACGUGUUUAAACACAAUAGGAAGCAUUAAAAUGCGUUGCGCAUGAUGCUGUUUUAUUAUUUCCAGCCCUCACCUGGAUGUAAAAUGGGCAUUCAAUAUUUUAUCCCAUGAGUAAAUCCAUGUGCAAUCCUUACCAAUGCAAUUCUUUGCGCAUGAGGAAUAAGUUUGCAAUCCAUCACCAGAAGAACAGAUACCAGUGAUAUCUGAGCUCAUGUAGUUGAAUUGGGGUGGACUUCAACGUUGAAAGCUGCUUUUACUCAUAGUUAAGCUUUGCAGACACCAGCCUGAAUACAACUGGUGUAAGAUACAAACAAAUGUAACUUAGGAGUGGUCCUAGGAGUACCUUAAUUUAAAGCUAAAAACACCAUUUUGGCCUUUCCAAAUUGCAUAUCUGUACCCAGAAUAUAAGGCUAAGGUCCGAUGGUUGCAAUGAAGGAGCAUUACCAAUGUGAAGUCGAAGGCUUUCAGGGCCGGCAUCCAUAGUUUUUGGUUGUUUUUUUCAGUCUAUGCGUCCAUGUUCUAGA